AAACCAGCAAAAUAAGGUAUAAACUUUUUUUAAAAACUGUUACCAAACAGAACUUUUAGUUUUAGCUUAUAACUAAUUUAUUGAACGAGAGCCUAAAACAAAAUAAGUUGAAAUUUGAUGAAUGAGAUAAAAAGAACUUGUUCUGUCCACAAAUCCUUGAAUUGCUAGUGUUUGUCAUUUAGUCUGUUAAAAAAAAUUGUUGUGUUUUUGCGUAUUGUAAUUGAUUCUUUCAUUCAUUCAUUCAUUCAUUCAUUCACAGUCUCAGUGUCUCACACACCCUCUCCAUAUUCGAAUCGAUAUUGAACAGCACCACUUAUUAUUUAUCUGAGAAUCAACACUGCAAAAUCGAAGGCAGAACCAUACAAAUCAGCAUCUAUUUUGAAGAAAGCGAACGAUGAUUGAUUCUACGGUUUCCUUAAACCCUCCCAACAACCUCCACACAAAAGUUCCACUAAAAAAUUUCCAGUCCCCAGCAGCAUUUACUUCUACAACCAAAAUCACUUUCAGACCACACAAAUUCCGAAGCGCAACGAUUCGGGCUACAACAAUGCAAAAUGAAAAUGAACAACAACCUUCUUUUGGAGACACUCUCCUCAACAACACUCGCAAACGCCAAGUUAUUGAUGCUGCCACAACUUCCCUCUCUAAUUGCCUCUCUGAAACUAACCUGCAUUUGACAGUUCCUGCUCUCAAAUCGAAAUCCCGGGGAAAAGUUCGAGAUAUUUAUGAUAGCGAGGAUUAUCUUGUUUUAGUAACCACUGAUCGCCAAAGUGCCUUCGAUAGGGUUCUUGCUUCCAUUCCUUUCAAAGGCCAGGUUCUUAAUGAAACAAGUCUGUGGUGGUUUGAGAGAACUAAGCACAUAGUUUCUAACGCAGUUGUGUCGGCUCCAGAUAAAAAUGUUACAAUAGCAAAGAAAUGUUCAGUUUUCCCUGUUGAGUUUGUUGCUAGAGGGUUUGUCACUGGAAGUACCGAUACAUCUUUAUGGACAGUCUACAAUAAAGGCAUUCGUAACUACUGUGGAAAUGUCAUACCAGAUGGGAUGGUUAAAAAUCAAAAGUUGCCUAAAAAUAUACUCACUCCAACUACCAAGGCUGCAGAUCAUGAUGUUCCUGUCACUCCGGAUGAGAUUAUUGAAAAUGGACUGAUGAAUCGUGCUGAUUAUGUAGAAGCGAGUGAAAAAGCAUUAAGGCUGUUUGAAUACGGACAGCAAGUGGCAUUGGAACAUGGACUUAUAUUGGUAGAUACUAAGUAUGAAUUUGGGAAGGCAAAUGAUGGAUCAAUUCUGUUGAUUGAUGAGGUUCAUACUCCUGAUUCAAGUAGAUAUUGGAUUGCCGAUUCUUACUUGGAGCGCAUUCAAAAUGGUCUUGAGCCUGAAAAUGUUGAUAAGGAGUUCUUGAGGCUGUGGUUCAAAAGUCACUGCAACCCUUAUGAAGACGAGGUCCUUCCUGAUGCUCCUGAAGAUCUCGUUUGUGAAUUGGCUUGGCGGUACAUUUUCUUAUACGAGACUAUAACAAAAUCAAAGUUUGAGAUACAAUUGACCGAGGAGCCAAUACAUGACCGAAUAUCUCGAAAUGUUGCAUCUGCUCUAGCAUCCUUAAAGUAGCCCACACAGGAAGUGUGUUUGGAUUCACGGUGAGAAUGACAAAAUCAUGUUGAGCUACCGCGGCAUAAGCUACACUUUAGAGCUUCAAGAAUCACAGUGAUAUCGUGAUUUAUCAAAUUUUAACAGUAUGAUUCUGAAAUUUCAACAAAUGGGAUUUCAACAAAAUAAAUGGGAAGGAUUCUGAAACUUUACUUGAAAGUAUACAUUCCCUAUUGGGUGUCUUAAAUGCAACAAUGAGUCACCUUAACAGUGAUUUCACUCUGCAUUUGUUGGUGAAGCCCUUGAAUGGUGUUGCAGGAGUUUCAAACCAAGGGAUAUGAAUGUAAUUUGAAAAUUUAACUUAUAAAAACACCCUUUUGGAUGUA